CUUCAGAGUCGACCUGUCAUUGGUUCGCGCACUUCCUGUUAUCCUGACCUUAACCUUGCAUGUGGAACGGAGAAUUCUUAGCUGUAUAACUCGGUUAUCGACAUCAGAGUCAUGUCUCUCGUUACCGAUGCCUUUGUGUCACAGAUAGCAGCUGUUGAACCUUGGCCUGAAAAUGCUGCACUUUAUCAGCCUUUAAAAAGUGAACAGGUUUUGCUGUCGGACAAUGCAUCUUGUCUUGCCGUUCAGGCCUUUUUACAAAUGUGCAAUCUGCCAGUCCAGGUGGCUUGUAGGGCAAAUGCUGAAUAUAUGUCUCCAUCUGGAAAAGUCCCCUUUAUCCAAGUUGGAAAUCAAGUCAUAUCAGAAUUGGGACCAAUAGUUCAGUUUGUAAAAGCAAAGGGUCAUUCACUUAGUGAUGGAUUGGAUGAAGUCCAGAAAGCAGAGAUGAAGGCCUAUAUGGAAUUAGUCAAUAAUAAGCUUCUGACAGCUGAGUUGUAUAUUCAGUGGUGUGAUGAAGCUACACUAGAGGAGAUUACACAGCCUCGCUAUAGCUCACCGUACUCCUGGCCGCUCAAUCAUAUUCUAGUCCUUCAAAAGAAAUGGGAAAUAAAGCGCAAGAUGAAAGCCAUUGGCUGGGCUGGGAAGACAACUGAGCAGGUGUAUGAAGAUGUGGAUCAGUGCUGCCAAGCCCUGUCACAAAAACUAGGGACCCAGCCAUACUUCUUCAAUAAGCAACCCACUGAGCUGGAUGCCUUGGUAUUCGGACAUCUGUUCACAAUCCUCACCACUCAGCUGACUAAUGAUGAGCUCCGUGAAAAAGUGAAGAACUACAGCAACCUCAUUGCAUUUUGUAGAAGAAUUGAACAGAACUACUUUGAAGACCAUGACAGAGAUAGCUCUGCAAGUUCCUCCCUCAGAUUGCCAAAGGGUCCCACACUAUCUUAGUUGCUUCAUCAGAUCUGUGACUUCAGAAAUCAACUAGAAGAAAUAAAAAUAAAAAAACAUUUUUGUAAAUAUUCUUAUAAAAUGUGUUUGUCUUCCAAUAUAGGUUCCAUUGCACACUAAGUAUCUAUGGAAUCAAACUGUAUCUGCAUUAUAAUAAACCUGAGACAACUGUAUGAAAAGUACAUUUCCUUCUCUUUGAUCUUGCCCAAAUCCCCUCACUAAGCCCUAUACAGAUGUAGUAAAUAGUGCCUCAGACUCUCACACUAGAGGGACAGGGGGUCUCAUUUGCAUUACACACACAGGAUUACUCGUGGUUUACAAGCUGCAGCUAGUCUCAGUUAAACUACUGUUUUCAGGUUUUAACAAGUGUGAACUCAGAAAAUCUGUGUGUUUACAAGAUGAUUAUCCCCUGUACCAGAUUAGCAUUCCAAACAUGUUUCUCUUUUAAAAUCAGAUGUUGGACCAUGUUUAACCAGUUAGAAAAAAAAAAUCAGCUUUUCCUUUCUACUUUUUUUCCCAACUAAUACUUUAAAAAAAAAAAAUCUUAUUCCAAAGAUUUCCACGUCUGGCAAAUUGAUCCUUAUUUAUAUUUUUGUCUUUUUGUUGUUUGUGAAAACAAAUCGAUUAGUUUUGGUUUUGUUUAUUUUGCUCAGCUAGCUGAAGGCAGAUCCCAUGUUACUGAAGUAAAGCGCACACAACAUAUGUCAAAUACCAUAUAUUUGUACCUGUAAACAUCCAGAGGUUUUGCAUCUCAAGCUUGACCACAAUUUGGUUAAAUGUGACUGGGAAGUAAUUAGCUGACAUUCCCUGGUGCCUCAUAACGCUAGCAAAGGUCACCUGCCUUAAAUGCAGCCAUGUCAGAUAGGUCAUCCAUAGCUUACCUUUUGACCUGAGCAUUGAUUGGCUUCUAGACAACACCAUUUCCUAUUACUAUUACCAUUUGCUGUUAUUAUUUGAAUAGUAAAACAAAGUAAUAGAUCACCAGAUUAGUAUAUUAUCAUUGCUAUCACAGCUUUUUGAUGACUUCAUUAAAAAAGUGUCUUUUUAGCAUUUGUAAUACAAGCUGAUCUGCACUUUAUGUUAAUUGCCAUAGUUUCAAACUUCAAAUAAUUGAUGUGGUGUCAUGACUGUGUAAUAUAUGACAAGAAAAUAAGUAUGUUGUAUUGAUGGUGCUUUCUAAUUGAAUGUUGUAGACCACAUUUAAACCAGAUCAUUACAGUGUAUUACUGUGGUUUCCUAAGGAUUACAUAAACUCAAAUAAAUAGAUGAUAGACAAA